ACCAUAGCCUCUAUUGGCUGGCUCUAUCUCUAGAUUGACUAGAUCUAUCUAUAUCUAGAGAGUAGGAUUUUCAUAAGCCUCAUAAUGAUAAGGCUACUGUCAACAAUAGAUUAAGAUAUCUACAUCUAGACAUUCUAGACUCAGAGUUUAAGUGUUACCAGUGAUAAGAGAAUAAUGGCUCCUGUGUUGGACAUGUUCAGGUUACUGAUGUAUUAUAAUAAAGAGCAUAGUUUUUAAAUAAAGUCAAGAUAGUUUUAAGAUUUACUGCUAGAAGUGAAAAGUUUACUUCUUUAGUGGCCCAUUUUGCAAGAUGGCUACAAAUUUUGUACACAUUGGGGAUAUUGUUUCCCUCUAUGCUGAGGGUACUGUGUGUGGAUUUUUAUCAACAUUAGGCCUUGUAGAUGACAGAUCAGUGGUGCAGCCAGAAGCAGGAGAUCUCAAUAAUCCGCCAAAAAAGUUUCGGGAUUGCCUUUUCAAAAUAUGUCCCAUGAAUCGCUACUCAGCCCAGAAGCAGUUCUGGAAAGCAGCAAAGCAAACAUCUUCUAUGCCAGAUUCUGUGUUACUGCAGAGAUUAAAACAUGCUGCUGAGUUAGAGAAGAAACAGAAUGAAGCUGAAAUCAAGAAAUUGAAAGGAACAGAAGUACAAUACAGCCAUGUUAUACAGUUGCUUCAUGUUAAAAGUAACAAGUUUCUCACUGUUAACAAACGACUACCUGCCUUGUUGGAGAAGAAUGCAAUGAGAGUUAUUCUAGACAGUUCUGGGAAUGAAGGCUCGUGGUUUUAUAUACAGCCCUUUUACAAACACAGUUCUCCAGGAGAUAAAGUUGUGGUAGGGGAUAAGGUUGUGUUGAACCCUGUCAAUGCUGGCCAACCUCUGCAUGCCAGCAACUGUGAUCUUGUAGACAACCCUGGCUGUAAGGAAGUGAACUCUGUCAGUAGCAACACCUGCUGGAAGGUCAUGUUGUUCAUGGAUUUUAAAGAGAACCAGGAGGAUGUACUUAAAGGGGGCGAUGUAGUGAGGCUAUUCCAUGCUGAACAGGAAAAGUUUCUCACUGGGGAUGAGUAUAAAAAGCAGCAGUAUGUAUUUUUACGAACCACUGGAAGAUCAUCUGCCACUGCAGCAACCAGCUCUAAGGCAUUGUGGGAAGUUGAGGUUGUUCAACAUGAUCCCUGCAGAGGUGGAGCUGGACACUGGAACAGUUUAUUUCGAUUUAAACAUUUGGCCACUGGACAGUAUCUUGCAGCAGAAGUUGAUAAUGAUGCAACUCAAGAUCCAACUCGUCAAAAGUUACGUGGCCAGCCUAACCUUCCUGUCUACUGUUUGGUCUCUGUCCCACAUGGUCAUGACAUAGCCUCUAUUUUCGAAUUAGAUCCAACAACAAUGAUUAGAACAGAUUCAUUAGUUCCCAGGCAAACUUAUGUUCGUCUCCAUCAUUUGUGCACAGACUCUUGGGUACAUAGCACUAGCAUACCUUUGGAUAAAGAAGAGGAUAAACCUAUUAUGAAUAAGGUUGGUUGUGCAAAAAUCAAAGAAGAUAAAGAAGCCUUUGCUAUAGUGCCUGUGUCUGCCCAGGAAGUAAGAGAUCUAGACUUUGCCAAUGAUGCUGCAAAAGUGUUGACAGAGAUAGCAAACAAACUGGAAAAAUCUUCCAUUACUCAGAAUCAGAGGAGGUCUGGGUCUGUGAUCCAACUAAUCACAGAUGUCAUAUACUUCCUGGGUCAUCUGGAGCUGUCCAACCCCACUGGAGAUUGUCUGGACCUGGUCAUUGCUAAGCCUGACAGAGAGAGGCAGAAACUGAUUCGAGAGCAGAACAUAUUGAAACAGAUUUUCAAAAUCUUGCAAGCUCCAUUCAAUGAUGUUGGUGAUGGAGCACUGAUGCAGUCCAUGGAAGAACUUUCUGAUCAGAGGCAUGCAGCAUUCAGACAUCUUUGUCGUCUUUGUUACAGACUUCUCAAAUUGUCUUUCCAAAACUACAGGAAAAACCAGGAAUAUGUGGCUACUAAACUACAGUUCAUGCAGCGACAGAUUGGUUAUGAUGUACUUGCUGAAGACACCAUAACAGCCUUACUUCACAAUAAUCGAAAGCUGUUGGAGAAGCACAUCAAGAAACCUGAAAUUGAGAUGUUUGUAUCUCUGGUGAGGCGGAAGAAAGAGCCAAGAUUUUUAGACUACCUAGCUGAUCUUUGCGUGUGUAGCAAAGUGGCCAUCCCAAUCACUCAAGAACUUAUCUGUAAAACUUUGUUAGCACCUGAAAACCAAGAUAUACUUAUUGAAACUAGACUAAUUCGAACUCAGAUGGAGUAUGAGAUGCCAGCAGAUGGGGAGGAAGGUGUUGUGAUGACCAUGGAUGAAGACGAUGAAGUUGUUCUGUUCUGGGAUCCAACCUACGACAAGUCUGGCAACAACAAAGAGGAGAUCAGUGUCAGGCAGGUCCUUGGUUCCACUGGUGCGGAGUACAGGAGUCAGAAGGGGAUCAGAGAGCUGGCCAUGGGAGCUGCAGACAACAUUAAGGCAGACAAGGAAAUACUAGACUAUUACAGGCACCAGCUGGAUUUGUUUUCUCAUAUGUGUUUAGACAGACAGUAUCUUGCUAUCAAUAAAUUAAGUGAAUCUCUGGAUGUAGAUCUGAUUCUCAAAUGUAUGGCUGAUGAAUCUCUGCCUCCUGAUCUGCGUGCAGCUUUCUGUAGACUUAUGUUGUCAAUGCAUGUGGACAGAGACCCUCAAGAACAGGUCAAGCCUGUCAAGUUUGCUAGGCUCUGGUCUGAAAUUCCACAGAAGAUCUCUAUAGAAGACUAUGAGUCCAACAUCACCAAGGCACCAGAGAAGGAGGAAGUAAAGAAAAAGUUUGACCCAACUAUAGCAUUUGUUGAAGACUACUUGUGUAACAUCGUCAAUAAGGCAUGGGCAGACGGUGAACAGAAUAACUUGACUUACGAAGUGGUCAAUUUAGCCAGGCAACUUAUCUACUUUGGCUUCUACUCUUUCUCUGACCUGCUGCGUUUGACCAAAACACUUCUCAGUAUUCUGGACUGUAUACCUGAAUCUAUAGCCUCCCCAAUAUCAACAGUACCAGUUUCUGUAGUGGUUGUGGAAGAUCCUGACCUUGACCUACCUAUGUCCCAGCAAGCCACUGAGCUGAAGAACAAGAAGAAGAAAGAAGAGGAAGAGGAUACAAAAAUCAUGGACACUAAACUAAAAAUCAUCGAAAUACUCAAGUACCUGAUGCAUGUGCGCCUGGACUAUCGCCUGGCCUGGAUACUGGCCAUGUUUAAAUCUCAGAUACAACCUCAGCUAGAUAGCAGCCCAGCCUACAAGUCUAAUGCCAACAUACGGCUAGAUCUAGACAGUAUCUCAACACAAGCUGAAGAUGUCUUUGGUGGAAGUGAUGAGCUGGAUCUUGAUGGGCAAGGAGGCAAAAUGUUCCUGAGGGUCUUACUCAACAUGGUCAUGCACAACUACCCACCAUUGGUAUCAGGAGCCCUGCAGCUGUUGUUUAGACACUUUUCACAGAGACAAGAAGUUUUGAAUGCCUUUACACAAGUCCAGCUGUUGGUGACCAACAGUGAUGUUGAGAACUACAGACAGAUCAAGUCAGAUCUGGACAAGCUCAGGCUGCUGGUUGAAAAGUCAGAACUCUGGGUCUACAAGAGCAAACAUGGAGAAGAUGCCCCAAAAAAGAAAAAGAAAAAAUCUGCCACCAAUGAAGAUGGGGAAGAAGGAAAAGAAAGUUCUGAAAAGAGUGAAAAGAAAUCCAAAAAGAAAGAUCAUGUUGGCCACAAUGAAGGUGAAUCAGCCAUAGACCUUGACCUUGGUCCACCAAUUAGCAGUGACUCCAGUGUCAACUAUAAGACCAUCAAAGCAAUUCUCAAGAGACUAACUGCCUUGUGCAUUGAGCCAACUGACAACAGAAAGAUUCUGCAGCGUCUGACCAAACUUUGUAUCCAAGAAGCUGGAGAUGUGAGGAAAGCUCGUAAACAUGAGCAGAGACUUCUCAGAAACAUGAAUGCACACUAUGUCAUCUUGGAGCUUCUCAGUAUUACCUAUGAUAAGGAGUUGGACAGUCGUAUGAAUGAACUGAUGAAGCUAGCCCAUGAAUUCUUGCAGGCAUUUUGCUUGAACAAUCAACCCAACCAGUGCCUACUUGAAGAUAAACUGGAACUCUUUCUUACGCCAGGGUUGCUGGAAGCUGAUACUAUGAAAGCCAUCUUUCAAGAUAACGCAGCUUUGUGUAAUGAAGUGAGUGAUAGAGUCAUCCAGCACUUUGUCCACAACAUAGAGACUCAUGGCAGACAUGUUCAGUACUUGAAAUUCCUGCAGACCAUAGUAAAGGCUGAAGGGGAGUAUAUAAGACGGUGUCAGGACCUAGUCAUGUCAGAGUUGGUCAAUGUUGGUGAAGAUGUUCUUGUUUUCUACAAUGAACCGUCCAGCUUUGAGCACUUGAUUGAGCUGAUGCAGUCUGAGAGGGACAGGGUGAAUGAGCAGAGUGCCCUGAACUACCACAUCAACUUGGUCCAGCUGCUGGCCCUUUGCACCGAGGGCAAGAAUGUCUAUACAGAGAUCAAAUGCCACUCCCUGCUGCCACUAGAUGACAUUGUCAAAGUUGUCACGCACCCGGAUUGCAUCCCAGAGGUGAAGACAGCAUACAUCAAUUUCCUCAAUCACUGCUAUGUAGACACAGAGAUUGAAAUGAAAGAAAUCUACACAAGCAAAUACAUGUGGACCUUGUUUGAAAAUUUCCUACUAGAUAUUGCCAUGGUUUGUAAUGCCACCCAUGACAGGAAACAUGCCAACACAGAACUGGAGCAAUAUGUGACAGUUACAGUCAUGAACAUCAUUACAACAUUUUUCAGUUCUCCAUUUUCUGACCAGAGCACUAAUAUACAAACCAAUCAACCAGUCUUUGUUAGACUGCUCCAAGGUGCAUUCAGACUGAUCCGAUGUGAAUGGCUUGAUGGUUCACAAAAGUUUCAUGUGGAGGCCUGUAUCAGAACACUCUCAGAUACUGCUAAGAGCAGGAGUAUUGCUAUUCCAGUUGAUCUUGACAGCCAGGUGAAUGCUCUCUUUGAAAGAGCAAAUAUUGUUCAAAAGUCUACAGCGAGGUGGUUAAAUGUCAGGCAGAAUAGGCGAGAGUCCCAGGCUCAUGCUUCCAGGGAUUAUAGAAACAUUAUUGAAGGUCUUCAGGAGAUUGUGGCCACACUAAACAAUCAGUUGAAACCAUUGGUCCAGGCUGAAAUGUCUGUACUUGUGGAUGUACUCCAUAGACCAGAACUUUUGUUUCCUCCUUCUACAGAAGCAAGAGAGAAAUGUGAAAGUGGAGGAUUCAUUGCUAGGUUGAUCCGCCACACUGAAUGUCUUCUUGAAGAAAAAGAAGAAAAACUCUGCAUCAAAGUUUUACAAACACUGAAGGACAUGAUGUCAGCCAAUGAGAGUCGAUCGGAAAAGGUGGAUGUAAAAACUCUGUCCAAAAAAGAUUUAGAAGACCACAGAAGGUGUGAGGCAUUACGCCAGAGUCUGUUGAUGCGCUACUAUGACAGAACUCAGCCUCGCAACAGGCGAGAGAGCCAACCCAGUGGGCCCACUAGUGGUCCAGGGUCUACGUUAAUUAGUCAGGCCAACAACUUGUCCUUACAUGAUGUACAGUGUUUCCUGGAUGAUAAAGGUGCAUCCAAUCUGGUUAUUGACCUCAUCAUUAAGAACACCAGUAACAAAGUUUUCUUAGAGACUGUGGAAUUAGGUAUUGCUUUACUGGAAGGUGGCAACAGUAAGAUUCAGAAAUCAGUCUUUUAUAGACUCACCACUGACAAAGAUGCAGACAUAUUUUUCAAGGUGUUUUUUGACCGCAUGAGAGAUGCUCAGGCUGAAAUACGCAACACUGUGACUGUGAACACUUCAGACACUGACUCUCUCCCUAAUCGAGAUGAGGAGAAGAAGAAAAAAGAUUCAUUAACAUCUUUAGAUAAUUUUUCAUUACAACUUCGAGAUUUUUCCGAAGUGCACAGGGCUGAUGCACCAGUUAAUGAUGACCUAAGAAAUGAAUUUGAUGAUGCUGCCAGCCAGACCAACAAGGCUUUCAACCAUGUCAGGCAAGUGCAUGGAAGACCUGCUGGGGAGAACACUCAAGGAGACCAUGAUGAAGGCGAGAACCGUUCACAUGCCCAGCAGUCCACUGAAGAAAGUGAGCGCCCCAAGCAUGAUGGCACAGAUGACAAGAAGAUGUCCCAGCAGAUAGCCAUCAUGAAGCCAAUACUAAGGUUUCUACAGCUGCUUUGUGAGAACCACAACAGAGAUCUGCAGAAUUAUUUGAGGACUCAGCCCAACUGUAAGAGCCCACAAAACCUGGUGUGUGAGACUCUGCAGUUUCUGGACUGUAUUUGUGGUAGCACCACAGGUGGACUUGGUCUACUGGGCCUUUAUAUUAAUGAAAACAAUGUAGAUCUGAUUAACCAGGCAUUGACCACACUCACUGAGUACUGCCAAGGACCCUGUCAUGAGAAUCAGAAUGCUAUUGCCAUGCAUGAAAGUAAUGGUAUAGAUAUUAUAGUAGCACUUCUUCUCAUUGAAAUCAAGUCCUUGGGCAAAAAUCGUAUUGAUCUCGUCCUAGAGCUCAAGAAUAAUGCUUCCAAAUUGCUGCUGGCCAUCAUGGAGAGUCGACACGAUAGUGAGAAUGCAGAGAGAAUUCUAAGCAACAUGAGAACAAAACAGCUGAUGGACAUAGCCAUUCAGGCUUUCCAUUCAGAAGACCCAGGCAAAGAUGAAUCUGCUCGUUAUGAUCUAGAUGAUGAAGAUGAUGGCAUAGAAGAAAAUAACACAUCCCCGAAGGCUGUGGGACAUAAUAUAUACAUCCUGGCACAUCAGCUAUCACAACAUAAUAAAGAACUGUCUGACCUGCUGAGGCCAGGAGGAUAUGAUUUGUUUGGUGAUCAAGCCCUGGAAUACUAUCACAAGCAUACUGCACAAAUUGAGAUUGUUCGCCAAGAUCGCACAAUGGAAAGAAUAGUGUUCCCUAUCCCUGAGAUCUGUGAGUACCUGACAAAAGAGACCAAACUGAAUGUCUUCAAGAGGGCUGAGAGAGAUGAGCAGGGAAGCAAAGUGGCAGACUUCUUUAGCAGACAUAAUGAAAUGUUCAGUGAAAUGAAAUGGCAGAAAAAACUCAGAAUGCAACCUGUGAUGUUUUGGUUCAGCAGUCACAUGGGCCUCUGGAAUAGCAUUUCUUUCAGUUGUGCUGUCAUUAUCAACUUACUGGUUGCCAUUUUUUACCCAUACAACACAUUGGAUUUCCAUUCAGUUGGAGUUCGUUUCAAUGGACUUCUCUGGGGAGCAGUGAUGAUCUGCACUGCCGUUGUUGUCUUUUUUCCUCACCCGAUGGGUUUCAAAACAUUGCUGGCUUCUAUCAUCCUGAGAUUUGUUUGCACGUUUGGACUGAGGGUCACCUUAUUCUUGUUGGGACUCAUAAAUCUGAUCAACAAGUUUGUGUUUAUGGUUAGUCUGCUGGGCAACAGGGGUGUCCUUAUCAAGCCAGUCAAUGAGAUAUUGUCUGACUUUGAAAUGGUCUACCACAUUGGCUAUUUUAUCCUCUGUGCUCUGGGCUUCUUCUGCCAUGAGUUCUUCUUUAGUCUUUUGCUCUUGGAUGUUGUAUAUAGGGAGGAGACACUACUGAAUGUUAUCAAGUCUGUGACCAGAAAUGGACGGUCCAUUCUCUUGACCACUGUUCUGGCUGUUAUACUAAUCUAUUUGUUCUCUAUCAUUGGCUUUAUCUCCUUCCAAGAUGAUUUCCUUAUGGAGGUGGAGCCCCAGUCUGUUGCAAGGAUCUCUGAGAGUGUUCCAGUCAACCAAGCUCCAAAUGUUUCAACCUGUUCAGCAGAUAAUGUCAAUUGUUCCAGUCCUGAGGGGUCAUACAUUUCACAGAUACUUCCUGAAUGGACCAUUACUGAAGCCGAUGACGAGGACUCAGGCGACAAAAUGAGAGCAUGUGACUCCCUCAUUAUGUGCAUUAUUACCAGCAUAAACCAAGGACUCCGUAACGGUGGAGGCAUUGGCGAUGUUUUACGUAAGCCAAGUAAAAAUGAGCCUUUGUUUCUGGCCAGAGUUGUCUAUGACCUUCUCUUCUUCUUCAUUGUGAUCAUUAUUGUUCUCAACCUCAUCUUUGGUGUCAUCAUUGACACUUUUGCUGACCUGAGGAGUGAGAAACAGACCAAGGAUGAGAUACUGCGGAACACUUGUUUUAUUUGUGGUUUGGAGAGAGCAUCUUUUGACAACCGCUCUGUGACAUUUGAGGACCACGUAAAACAUGAACAUAACAUGUGGCAUUACCUUUACUUUAUUGUCCUCGUCAAAGUAAAGGAUCCAACAGAAUUUACAGGACCAGAGAGUUAUGUUGAUGCCAUGAUUAAGGAACGUAACCUUGAAUGGUUUCCUCGUAUGCGUGCUAUGUCCCUGGCUGCAGAGGACAGUGAAGGAGAGCAGAAUGAAAUCCGAAGCCUUCAGGCCCAGCUUGACCUGACCACUAGGCUGGUUCAGAAACUUUCGGGACAGCUAACAGAAUUGAAAGAACAGAUGACUGAACAGAGAAAACAAAAGCAACGUUAUGGUCUCCUGCAGAACAGUCCAAUGCCAAUUCCUGCCCAAUUCUAGAUCUACCAAAUGAGAACAAACAAAUGCUUUUGUUUUUUUUUUAUGUUUAUUGCUUUUAAAGUCAUGUCAUAUUAGCGUUUGUUUCUGCGAAUUCAUUUUUUUUUACUUUAACUAUAGAUCUUGUAUUGUGAGAACAAAUCGGUUGUAGUCUUUUUUUCUUUUUUACACCGUUCAUAGAUAAAUAUUUAUUCUUAUUAGUCAUUAAUAGAUUGCUAUUUUUGUGUGUGUGUAUUAUUGUAUAUUGUGAUUUUAGCAGCCAUUUUUAUAUUAAAUGCAUAAUGAUUUUGUUUUAUUGAACAGACUUUUUCAAUUCAGAUUAUACACAUUUUAUUUUAUUAUAAGUUUCAAUAUGCCUUACUCUCAAUUUAUAUUUAUAUAUAUAUAUUAGCAUGCAGUAGCAUUGCUUUUGUUUGUACUUUCUAUUGUUGGGUGAAAAGUAGUGAUACAUUUUAUGUCAUGACAACUUUGGUUUGUGUGUAUAUAUCCUUUUCCAUUUCUUUUUGUCUUGAGACAGACACAAUUUAUGUAAUCUACUGGUACAUAUCUACUGGUAUGUAAUUUAUACUUAAGCAUUUAAAAUUCAAACUUUGAAAUUAUGUAACAUUUUAUUUUGAAUUAAUUUUUUUUUUUAAAUGUGAAUAGGUAAUAAAAAUAUAUAUUUAUCUUCAUUGUAGAAUAAAUAUAAUGAUACUUUUAUUGUUUAUCUGUUCAGCCAUCUGAGAUGACUUAUCCUAAUUUUUUAUUUAAAAUUAUUUACUAAAAGACAAAAUGUUAAAUGUUUAUAAUUUGACAAAGGUUACAAAGUAGGUGACAUCACCCUCCUUUUUUAAAAGAGUAUAAAAUGAAGUAAAAAUGAAAAAAAAUAAUUUUUUUUUACAAGUGACAAACGUAGUGAAAAGAUAAAAGUAAUCUAUCAUUAGUUUAAAAAAAAUAUUUUUUUCACAUAUGAAAUUUUUUAAAAGCCAGAAUAAUUUAUUCUUAAGUGUAAAACAGUACAGCUUUAAACAGUUUAUGAAAGUUUAGAUACUGGUAUAACCAAUUUUAGUUUGUAUUGAAGUUGAAGUGAACAUAUAGUCACUUAUCAACAUACUGCUACAUCUGGCUAAUUUUGGCUAUUCUAUGGAUAGUACAUUGGCAUUCAGUUUUGAAUCAUAUAUACUCAGUAAUAUACAAUAGAAUAUUGUAUAAACUGGACAUUCUUUAAAAAGAAAAGAGCAACUAAACGGUACAACUCAAAGAGAGCUUAAAAAUAUUUAUUUUAGACAGCCCCUGGGUCAAUGUCACCCCAGCUGACUUUCAAGUUGACAAGACAUUCUACCAUAGGAUUGAACAAGUGACUAAAAAGCACCAAUUAUAAAUUUGAAAACAUUUUUAUUUGCACAAAAUAUAUGUGACUAUACAUAUACAUACUGCAUGAGACAACAUGUUUUAAUGUUCUUUUUUCUCCUUACAGUGAAAUAAUUGAAAAUCUUUUAUUUCAGAACCUUUAAUAUAUUUAGUUCAGGUUUUCUUUACAGAAUAGCUAUGCUCCUGUUUAAAACAUAUGUUUCAUUGAACAAUAUUGUUUUAAUUAUGAUGUUGGCAAACUUCUUGACCUGAGACAUUUUUGUAAUCAAAUAAAUGUUCAAUCAGCCAGAACUAACAUUCCACUUGUUCCCUAUGCAAGAUUUACUCAACAUGCAUAACUGAAAGUAUAUUACAGCCUUGAAUGGCCAAGUUGUUUUCAGAAACUCAACUGAAAGUGAUUGUAAUUAUUGGAAGUGGAGUGAAAGGGAAUAUAUAACAUUUAAAGGUGUCACUGUAAUGAAGAUUCCUUCUCAGUUUUAAGCUGUAAUGAUUUAUUUCAUACUAACAUGGCAGAAUUUUUUGAAAUUAAUUUAUUCACUAUAUCAAGGAGAUAACUUUAUUUUUAAUGAACCUAAUUACACAGCAUUAGUUGUUGUUUUUUUCUUUACCUAAUCAAUACACAUGUCCACUUGUCAUAGAUAAAUGUCAAAGAUUUGUAUAUUUUACUUCAUUUAAAGUUGUAUUAUAAAAAUAUUCUUUUAAAAGUUUGUUCUCUAAAGAAUAAUGUUUAACUUUUUUUUUUUAUCAUUUACUUUUUUUUAAACUUUCAUUUAUGAAUAUGAUAGAUCACUGAUUCAUAUUGUUUCAACAAAAGUGCCAGAAAAACUAUUAGGUGUCCAAGAUUGUGAUUCAAAGAAGCAACCUAUCGCUGAUGAAUGACAUUGUCCAACACAAAUUGCUUAGAUGGACUUCCCAUUACUUUAGUACAACUAUCCCAAUUGGAAAAUUCUUAAACUAGCUGAAGAGUUGGAUUACCCAUGAUCACUUAGAUGGCAAAGUGCUAGCAAGACUUGCUGGCAGUAGGUGUUGAAUCUUCAAUUUGAGCUGGUUGCUCAAUGAACUAAUGGCGCCUAACUUGUUCAACUUUUCAGUGUUUCAGUUGUGCUUUUCAACCAAGACAAGACUGGCAUUAUAACUAUUUAUUAAUAAUUUGUUUUCUGUUGUUUUUGUUUUUUUCUUUCGUAUAUUAGGAAAGAAAAACAGAAGUAACAUUGAAAUUUGUUGUCCUAAUAUAUUUUGCUAUGAAUAUUUCUUUAUUGUCUUUUGCUAGUGAGUUCAGCAGCAUGGUGAGCCAAAGAUAUAUCUGCUUUUUUGUUAAUGUGCCCUUGUUACCAUGUUUGCACCUACCUGGCAUAAUCAAAAUAUCUGGAUUUGUACAAUUCUCUAAACUGCCAUUGAUGUAGUAAUGCAAUAAACAUAUUGUGAAAUGCUA